AUGCCUCCUAAGUCCAAGAAACGUGCCAGCAAGGCUGAUGACUACGACUCCGAUGACGGUUUCGUUGAAGACGCUCCAAAAUCCAAACGUACCAAAACAGCAAUCUCCAAAGACAAGCAAGUUGACGACGAUGGCAAUCCUUACUGGGAGCUCUCUGGCAAGCGCCGCGUCACCUUGUCAGAGUACAAGAACAUGCAUUUGAUCAACAUUCGCGAGUACUACGAAAAGGACGGCAAGACGCUUCCAGGAAGAAAGGGCAUCUCUCUCUCUUUGGAACAGUUUUCGGCUUUCCUCGGUAUCCUUCCUGAAGUAGAAGCAGUUUUGAAGUCCCAGGGUCAAGAGCUUCCUCGUCCGAACUACGGCGAAGACACCGUAGCCAAACCUUCUUCGUCAGCCAAAGCCUCCAAAUCAGAGGAAGACGCAGACGAGCCCGAGCCAGCCGGUGAUCAGUCGGAGACAAACACCGUUUCGACAAGCAAGCUUGACAGAUUCAAGUAUGAGAAGAAAAACCAUGAGGCUACCAGCGACGAAGAGGAUUGA